UGGAGUCUUGCCGUGGUCUGGAGCGCCCCCUGCCGGAUGUAUCGGGACCCUGCUACACUGCAGCCUGCUGCUUCUUUUCCUCCGCUGCUGUUUUCCAGAAAGCCUCCUCCCGUCAUGGCGAUGCAUACUAAGGCCACCCCACCUCAAAUCCCGGACACCAGGAGGGAACUAGCUGAGCUGGUGAAGAGGAAACAGGAGCUGGCUGAGACACUGGUGAACCUGGAGAGACAGAUCUACGCCUUCGAGGGGAGCUACCUGGAGGACACCCAGAUGUACGGGAACAUCAUCCGAGGAUGGGACCGCUACCUCACCAACCAGAAGAACUCCAACAGUAAAACUGACAGAAGGAACCGGAAGUUUAAGGAGGCGGAGCGUCUGUUCAGCAAGUCGUCUGUGACGUCUGUUGCUGCGGUGUGCGCGCUCGGAGGGAUCCCGGAUCACAUGAAUGAGAAGCGCGAAACCGGCAGCGGCACAGAGAGCGACACGUCUCCGGACCUUCAGAACCAGGAGAACGAGCCGAGCCAGGACGACACGGAGGACGUGGACUCGGCACUGCAGGACCUGAAGCCUCAGAAAGCCGCGUCGUCGUCCUCGUCCAGCAGUCACCAUGGCAACCACAAGAAGAGGAAGAACAAGAACAGACACAGCCCCUCCGCCAUGUUUGAUUAUGACUUUGAGUUCGACAUGAAGGUCAACAAGAAACCCAGAGCUGAUUACUCUACCUGAUGGACCCGGUCGCUUCCGAACCUCUGCAGACCAGUGUGUUUCAGGACUUUAGUUUGGAACAUUCCCACCUGGUGUCCUGGUUGUAUCUGGAUCAGAACCAUCCUGUAUUUAUUGUUCAGCUCUGUCUCAUGUUUCCCACCAACGUUUUUCUUUGUUUUAUCAGCUGUUUGUUUUACAGAAAACCAAUAAAAUGUUGGAAACGUU